AGUCCGAGCCUCGUCGGUCAAUUUCAAGGGAUUCGCCUCCUAGAAGGUCACGCUCGAGUUCUCGCUCAGCAUCUGGUGCGAGUUCUCGUAGACGAUCUGGAAGUCCUGCUAAUCGAAAUGGCUCUCAUGAAAAUGGUUCGAAGCGCAGUGGCAGUCGCCAUUCUCAAUCUCGUUCCCCCUCUGGGUCAAGGUCACCCAGUCCUCGUGUUGGAGCUCAUACACCUUCGCGCUCUGGGUCUAAUUCUCCACAACCCGAAGACUCAUCUGAUGGUGAAAGAGACGGUAGCGGUUAAAAUUCAAUGUCAUCGUCAAUGA